AUGAGCCUUAUCCUGAACUCCAGUUUGGAGUGGAGCGGUGAUUUGAAUGACAAUCUGCCCUCGGAUGAAUUUCCAACCAGCAACCUCACCAAUGUGGAGCCAGAGGCGGGGGAGAGCGAUCUGGAUGUGAAUACCGACGUUUACUCCAAAGUGGUCGUCACUCUGAUCUACAUCGGCCUCUUUCUCCUCGGCUCCCUGGGAAACUUCAUCACUGUGCACACUCUGGUGAAGAAGAAGUCCUUGCAGAACUUGCAGAGCACCGUGCAUUACCACCUGGCGAGCCUGGCUCUCUCCGACCUCCUGAUCCUGCUCCUGUGCAUGCCCAUCGAGCUGUACAACUUCAUCUGGGUGCACCACCCCUGGGCCUUCGGGGACGCCGUGUGCCGGGGCUACUAUUUCCUCCGGGACGCUUGCACCUACGCCACGGCUUUCAACAUCGCCAGCCUGAGCAUCGAGCGCUACCUUGCCAUCUGUCACCCGUUUAAAGCCAAAACCUUGAUGUCAACCAGCCGCACCAAGAAGCUGAUCUCCAUCAUCUGGGUCCUCUCCUUCCUGCUGGCCACCCCAAUGAUAUUUACCAUGGGAGAAAUGUACGCCAAUAGCGUCCCUGAUCCAGAUGAUUUGAUCUGCACCACUAUAGUGGAGGAAUCGACUGUCAAAACUGUCGUCCAGGUGAAUGCAUUUCUCUCCUUUGUUAUACCCAUGGUAAUAAUUUCAGUCUUGAAUACAAUCAUCGCCAAUCAGCUAAUAGCCAUGUUCAAGCAAGCAGCUCAAGACAGCCGGGUAUGCACAAUUGAGGGGCAGCAGACCACACUUAACAUUUCAGUGGAGCCAAGCCGUGUCCAAUCUCUCCGACAUGGAGUCAAGGUUCUCAGAGCUGUGGUUAUUGCCUUUGUUGUCUGCUGGCUUCCUUAUCACAUGCGUCGACUUAUGUUCUGUUAUGUCCCCAAACACCUCUGGACAGAUUUUCUCUACGAUUUCUAUCAUUACUUCUACAUGGUGACAAAUGUCCUCUUCUACGUCAGCUCAACUAUCAACCCUAUCCUGUACAACCUGGUCUCUGCAAACUUCAGGCAGGACUUCCUCUCAACGCUUAGCUCUUUCUGUCUUCUCAGUCGACAAAAGGCAAAGGCUCCUGCACUUAGCAGAAAGUCAAACAGCAUUUCCAGCAAUCAUACCUACUCCAGUAAUGCUACCAGGGAAACCAUCUAUUAG